AGCAAUAGCAGUUCUUCGAACAGUUUUAUACAACAAAAUGAAACAAUUUUUAGUGCUUUUGGCUUUGGCUAGUGCCGUGGUGGCAGUGCCAUCAAUUCAGUUGGAAAAUUCAAAUACAAUUUUGCAACAGUUUGAAACUGAGGAGCAAUUAAGAGAUUUUAUUGGCGAUAUUAUCAACAGUACACUAAAUGGAGCCAUUGCAAAGAUGGCUGAUCCCUUACCAAUUGCUGAUAUACACAUGGACCAGAACACUGAAGCUCUCUCUGGAACCAUUGAUCUUAAAGACAUUACUGUCUCUGGUGUACAUAAGAUAGUAUCCACUGCCGUAUCAACCAAUCUCAUCACGCAACAACUGAACAUAUCAGUUAAGAUUCCUGAUCUUACUCUCAACUUCGGAGCUGACGUCAACGUCGUGGUUAUGGAGCUAGUACCACUCUACGGCAGUGGAAAACAAAACAUCAAUAUUGGAGAUGUGGAAUUAUCAGUAAAUGCUGUAGCCGAUCUUUCAAAGAUUCCCAAAAUUUCAGUUUCUAAGGUGGACGUAGUUUUGGUCGUAGGAUCAGUUACAUUCAACUUAAACGGUCUCUUGGACAACCCAGAAUUCACAGCUUUGGUUAAUACUCUUCUCAACGACAACGUAGCUAAAUUCAUCGACGAACAUGGUGCUUUCCUGACACCAAUUAUCGAUGAAGUGGUUAAAGAUCUUAUCAAUUCGCUUUUUGCUUAGGCACCGCCAAGAUGCAAUCAGAAACAAUGCCGAACCAUGUUAGAAGGUUGUGGGGAUUUUUGUUUCCUUAGUGUAACUUAUUGAGUCUAUUACACACUGUAUUAAAAUAAUACUGAGUAUUGUGUAAAUAAAUAAUAAAUAAUGA